GCUAUUGGCUCCCGCUUGGGUCCAUCACAUAAGGGCUAAACCCUAGUUCAGGGGCCAGAUAGAAGACGGACGGUUUUAAUCUGGUCCAGCUCGUAGGAUUUAUUCAUCCGUUAUCCUUAACUGCAGGCUUCGACAACAAAAAACGUUCGGAAAUUCAAUGUCAGUAGGACAGCCUACAGUAACAGAUAUUCCGCAGCAAUGUCAACACGACUGCAAGAUGCUGGAUGUUAUUAAACGGUGAACAAUUGCCGGAGUAUUUCUCCUUGUUGAGGCGCAGAGGGUGGAUUUUGGUACCGAUUUGUCAAACCCAGACCGUUAGAUGUGAUUUAUAUUGGUGGGAUACAUUUGUAAGAUUGUACAAAUGAUGUCAGGAAAGCAUUUCAAGGCUCACGAAGUGAGCUGCUGCAUCAAAUAUUUCAUAUUUGGAUUCAAUAUUAUAUUUUGGUUACUCGGAGUGGCAUUCCUGGGCAUAGGGCUGUGGGCAUGGAGCGAAAAGGGUGUGCUAUCCAACAUCUCCUCCAUCACAGACCUGGGGGGUUUCGACCCUGUGUGGCUCUUCCUGGUGGUGGGCGGGGUCAUGUUCAUCUUGGGCUUUGCUGGCUGCAUCGGGGCACUGAGGGAGAACUCCUUCCUGCUGAAAUUUUUUUCCGUUUUCCUUGGGAUCAUCUUCUUCCUGGAGCUGACUGCUGGGGUUCUGGCCUUCGUCUUCAAGGAUUGGAUCAAGGACCAGCUCAACUUCUUCAUCAACAAUAACAUCAGGGCAUACCGAGAUGACAUUGACCUGCAGAACCUCAUCGACUUCACCCAGGAAUACUGGGAGUGUUGUGGAGCCUUUGGCGCGGACGACUGGAAUCUGAACAUCUACUUCAACUGUACUGACUCCAACCCGAGCCGAGAGAAAUGCGGUGUGCCAUUUUCCUGCUGCACCAAAGACCCUGCGGAGGACGUGAUCAACACCCAGUGCGGCUAUGAUAUCCGGGCAAAAGCGGACUCGGAGCAGAGGACUUUUAUCUACAUAAAAGGCUGCGUUCCUCAGUUUGAAAAAUGGCUUCAAGACAACCUGACAGUGGUGGCAGGCAUAUUUAUUGGAAUAGCAUUACUUCAGAUUUUUGGGAUCUGUCUAGCACAAAAUCUAGUGAGUGACAUCGAGGCAGUGAGAGAGAGCUGUUUGUUUACCUGAGGUCCCCUGUUUCAUCUCGGAAAACGGAAGGAUAUACUUAAGUUUUGAAGUCUUGAGGGCAUCUACAAAGGGAGAAACACGGUAGUCGACACUUGGGAACUGUACAGAAGGAACAAGUCUGCUUUCUCUGUGAUGUGUAUAGAAUCAUUUUAUAAGAGUUGUUUUUAUAUGUUUCACAUCGGCGGUGUCAAGCUACUCGCAAAGGGUGGUGAGGCAGACUUGGGCCAAGUACAUAUGUUAAACACAUGGGGUGCACUGGAUUUACCUUGAAGUAAAAUCCAAAUACGACUCAGAUAUACUUUCAAAUACUGUCAAAGUAUUCGAUUUUUGUAUUUGACCCAAGUCUGUUCUUUGUGAAGUGAUUCUGACAAUGCAGUGCAUGCCUGUUAGAAACAAUAGAAACAGCAUUGGGUCUCCUACCUGUAUUUCUUUAAUGUUAUGAAGUAAGUUAUUGUACAGAGUAGCCUACUUAAGAUUGACAGGUUUGCUGAGUUGCACUUUGUAGAAUUUGUCAUUGAAUUUAGCAGUUACUGAAUGACAAUAUUAUAUUGGAAUAAGACAAUUCAACAUUGGACUUAAAGGUUACACCCUAAAAACUUAAAGGACUGUCCUUUCAUUUUAUUUAUAGAGACAUAUUCUGCUUUUUUUUUUUAAACCUAAUGCAUAAUGUUUAAGGAUGCUGUUUCUUGAAGUUGAUAAUCACAAACAGAAAAAUGACAUGAAGUGUUUAAAGAGUGUAUGAUUUGUCAUACAGUUUACUGUUCACGGUAGCAGGCUUUAUAUGGGGUUCAUUGUGUCAUGUAAAGUUAACAGGAUAGGUUUCUUAAACCUUGGCCAAAUGUAGACCAGUCUCUUCUGAACAUUUUUUUUACAGAAACUGUGGGAUUGGCAUGUUAGGGUUUAUCUGAGAAAUUCCCAAAGGCCUUGAAAUGUAUUUUGGUUUUAUUGUGACCCAGAUUCAUAUUAUUUAACUCUUUGGUGUAUGGUCUUUAAAUCUGAGGUGAGUUAUUAAAACUCUCGACUUAAUCUA